CAGCGUCAUUUGUACCCAGAUGUAGUAGAGCGCAACAUUGAACCGAUUACAUGCAUAUUGUUAGCGUCCACAACAGUAUACGCUCAUGUGUGUUGUCUGUUCAUAUGUGUAGUCAUGGAAACGGAUACGUCUCUCCUCAGUGUUGAACUAGAGGAGAAAAAGCAGGAGGAACUUUAUCAGCAACUUCUUCUUCAGACUGUGCGGAAAAUUCAAGGCGACACUCCAUCUGGCAAAGUCAUUCGCCCACAGCCAGGCAUGUGUGUAAAGACAUUGUCGUUGUCGGACCAAAAGAAGGUCUUUCUGAAUAUCUGCCAGUCAGAGACUGUACCACCCCCUCCUCAUAUGUCCCAGGAAGCACUGGUGAACCUACUGGAAUCUGAGGAUCCCACAAGUUACAGGGUGCCCAUGAGCCUCGGCGAACCCCAUACGGAAGUGGACAACAGCUCACAAGGCUGCACAGUGUAUGAUGUUGUGAUCAAUAAUGAGUUUUUCCAGAAAUGUCAGAAAGACACCCUGUUCCAGCAGUUUCUGAUCGCAGUUUCUUUGGAGGGACUGGGGAAUAAAUACAGCCUAGAGUUAAGCAGAGAUAUAAAGAUUUUGAAGAACAGAAAGUUCAUGGGCUCUCUUGCAGAGCAAAACAUUCGCACCAAGAACAAGCCAGUUAUUCAAGAAAUUGACUCAAAGGAAUCUCGGUCCUUGAAUUCAGCCAAACGCCCAGAGUUUUGUUUAUUGAUUGAGCCCCCAACUGGUAAUGCAGAGUACCUGAUUGCUGAGAUUCAGUUGCCUGGGGUGAUGUCUGCUCGCUCUCUUGUUCUGGACUUGGGAGAGGACAGGCUAUUACUGAUUGCCCGACCUUCCCUUUUCCACUUAGAUAUUUUCUUUCCCCUGCUUAUAGACCAAGAAAACAGUGUUGCAGAGUACAACACAAACACACAGAUGCUCACAGUGACCAUGCCAGUAGUGUCUUCAUAAGAAAUUAUUGCAAGGCUAAUAAUUCACAAUAAAAUGUUAUAUUUUGUACAUAAGGACUGUGGAUGAUGUGGGUGUAAUAUUCAUUCAUGUCACUUCUGUUUUAACCAUAAAUCAGUGUAAGUUAUAUUGAAAAAUCGUGUUUUCAUGUGAUUAAUUAUUUAAUAAGUAAUACAAUUCACAGAUGUAGAAAUAUCUGUGUUAUGUUAUGUUCAGUGUUGGGUGUAACUAGUUACUUAGUAAUUAGUUACUGUAAUUUAUUUAUUUUUCCCUUGAAAAAGUAAAGUAAGGGAUUACUCAAUUUUUUUUGUAAUUUAAUUAGUUACUUCUGAUGUAUUUAAACUAAAUACUUUGUGUAAUAUAUAUGUGUGCAAUAGUGGAACAGACAUCAAAAGUCAAAGUCUAACUUUAAAAUCUGUGCUUCAAUGUAUAAUUCUCACAUUUGUAAUACUUUGGUCAGUUAAUAAUAAUACUUUAUGUAGUUUUAUAUUAUUUAUUUGAAUGAAUGAAAAGAGCCGUUUCAUGUCUAUCCUUGAAUCACUUAACUAAUCAAGGUUGAUAUAGGAUAUAGAAAGUAAUUAGUAAUAAGUAAUUAAUUACUUUUUGGAGAGAGUAAUUUGUACAGUAAUCUAAUUACACUAUUGAAUAUGUAAUUAGUAACUAGUAAUUAAUUUUUCAGAGUAACUUACCCAACACUGGUUAUGUUAAAUUGAAAUGUCACCACAGUUGACAAUGUAGAAGAUUUUAUACCCCAAAAUAAUCCCUUAUAUGUAUACAUUUAUUCUACCAUUAUGUAUUUGAAUUAUUCUAUGCAAUGUAUUUUUUUUCUGGGGCUGCACGUAUGGAGGAUAGGAGAGGACAGCGUACUCACAUGGGGGUCUGCGGCUCACAUGUUUAUAAAAGCAAAUCAGGCUGUGAAAGAGGAGGCCUCUUAUUCUGACAUGUGUUAACACAAAUUAGGCUGUAAGAGAAUAGACCCCUUCUUCCUAUGGCAAUUAAUAAUAGUGGCAUGUGCCUGAGAAGACGUGUAUUUAAGAUAGGCUGAAUGAAGAGAAGCCAGUUGGUCUGCAGAGCAACUCGGCUUUGUAUCUUUGAUAUUAAAGUCUAUCUUUUGGCAAUGGAACCCACAGUUUUGAGAGUGAUUCUUCAAAGCAAAAUCACAAAAAACAAUCAAAGCAUAUUGUUAAACUCAAAAAUCCUGGAGCCUUAUUCCCUGUAUGCUGGUGCUAUUAUGAGUAGGCCUAAUCCUUGAAAAUUGACCAAGACUUGCUGUCUACAUUCUCUUUGCAAGAGUGGAUGAAGAUUAAGUACUGCCAAGUUCAGGACUGCUAGCCAUUUGCUAGAAAAUAAAUGACCCGGAAGUACAUUCUGCGAUUUUGUUGUGCAAAGGUUUUUUAUUUCUGCCAGACACUA